AGAGCAGAAACAUGAUUUGGUUUGUUUUGAUUCCAGCGGGUUUUAUUUUGAAAGGCCAGACCAGAAGUUGUCGACUGGACGCUGUCCGCUGUGACAGAGGUCCAGUUCCAAACUUCCUCCGGUGUCAGAGUCCAGUGUUGGGAGCUCGACCGACCCGUCCGGUCGUCUCUUCUGCUCACCGUCGGCCGGUAACGUCUCCGUCCAGCUCCGUCUCCGGUUUUCGGCUCAGCGAGCGAUGCGACGAGCCGUUAGCUUCGCUUAGCUAACGUUAGCCCGCAGCUAGCUUCGCAGCGCAGCCACAGCAGUUAGCCGCGGAGUUCACUGACCCUCGGCAACAUGGCGACUUAGUUUGUUUUGAUCCUCCAGAGUCCAAAGGCAGCGUCGACAUCCGGCUCCAACAUGUCUCACCUGGACCCUGAUGACACCACACCGCUGCUCAGGGACGACGACAGCAGUGAUGGAUCUGUGGAGGAGGACAGCAGCAGCCGCUGGAGGUCCAUCCGGGUCAUGUACUUCACCAUGUUCCUCAGCAGCGUCGGUUUCACGAUCGUCAUCACAUCCCUGUGGCCCUAUUUGCAAAAGAUUGACAGUAGCGCCGACGCCAGCUUCCUGGGAUGGGUGGUGGCGGCCUACAGCCUCGGCCAGAUGGUGGCGUCGCCCAUCUUCGGCUUGUGGUCCAACUACCGGCCUCGCAGGGAGCCUCUGGUGUGCUCCAUCUUCAUCAACCUGUCGGCCAACAUCUACUACGCCUACGUGUACCUGCCCACGACCAACAACAAGGUCCACAUGCUCCUGUCCAGAGCCUUCGUGGGCUUUGGAGCAGGUAAUGUUGCCGUGGUGAGGUCUUACGUCGCUGGAGCGACAUCGCUGAAGGAGAGGACCAACGCCAUGGCAAACAUGAGCGCCUGUCAGGCUCUGGGCUUCAUCCUCGGGCCAGCUCUGCAGGCGUGUCUGUCCUUCGUGGGUGAACAGGGCGUCACGUUGGAGUUCAUCCACCUGCAGCUCAACAUGUACACCUGUCCCGCUCUGCUGGCUGCAGCUCUCGGCGUCGUCAACAUCCUGCUCGUCAUCUUGGUGUUAAAAGAGCAUCGAGUCGAUGAUCACGGGAGGCAGAUCCAAGCCAUCAACUACACAUCAGAAGACAGAGUCGACGUCAGCGAGGAAACUGAGGAAACCAUCGACCAGGUGGCGGUCCUGACCUCCAACGUCCUGUUCUUCAUCGUCAUGUUCAUCUUCGCUGUCUUUGAGACAAUUGCCACCCCGCUGACCAUGGACAUGUUCGCCUGGACCCGGAAGGAGGCCGUGCUGUACAACGGCAUUAUCAUCUGCUGCAUCGGCUUCGAGUCCAUCCUGGUGUUUCUGGUUGUAAAAGUGGCUUCUCAGAGAGUCGGGGAUCGUCCUGUGUUUCUGGCCGGUUUGGCUAUUAUCUUUUCUGGCUUCUUUGUUCUGCUUCCGUGGGGAAAUCACUACCCUAAAAUCCAGUGGGCAGAUGUGAAAAACAACUCGCUGAUCAGUAUGAUGUCGGGGGUCACCAUCGCGCCCAACAGCUCUCUGGAGCCGACGGGCUGCCCGUACGAACAGACCUGGUGCCAGUAUACUCCGGCCAUACACCUCGCCCAGUACAUUUCGUCUGACUUCCUUAUCGGGGUGGGAUACCCAGCCUGCAAUGUGAUGUCUUACACGCUGUAUUCCAAAAUCCUUGGACCAAAACCUCAGGGUGUCUACAUGGGCUGGUUGACGGCGUCGGGCAGCGGCGCUCGGACGCUGGGCCCCGUCUUCGUCUCCCACGUCUACACCCUCCUGGGCCCCCGCUGGGCCUUCAGCCUCAUCUGUGGGAUGGUGGCCGGCGCCGUGGUGCUGCUCGGCUCCGUCUACCACAGACUCAUCGCCUUUUCUGUGCGCCACGGAAGGACAGUGGACUGACACCGUGGAUUCGUAUUUGGCCAGGCUGGAGUGACCGCCUGCUGCUGCUGCUGCUUUAUACUUUAAGAUGUGGUACCUGAUAAGCCUUAAAGAUUUCCUAACUCAGGGUUCUGACCUUUAAACUCUUAACGCGAUAAGGCCGAGGUGAGUGACGACGGCUGCUCGGUGAGGUUUAGAGGAGCACUGCAGCUGCACUUUCACUUGCUGUGAAUGAAGUUGUGGCACAUGUUGAUGAAGAACACUGGAACGUGAUGAUCCGUGUCACAGAAGAUGAUGCGGUUCGUGCUGAUUAAACAUUCCCGUCACUGAACUGGUGAGAAAUAUUGAAAAUAUUUUUCCUCUUCUCGUGUUAAUGGCUUCACCUGUGGUUCAGAACUGCAGGUUUUUGUUUACCUGAAAUUAUGCAAAGUGACGUGUGUCUGCUAACAAUUAACUGAGUGAUGCAUUAAAGAUUUUAUGUGAUUUUAUGCUUUUAUUUUCCCCUCAUUAACACUGUAUGGUAUUUUUAUCAUGUCCUACGUUCACUCUGAUGAUGGAAAAAUGGUCUUUGUGUUAAAAUAAAUUAUAUCCAACGUGAGCCCGACUGAAAGAAGAAAAACAUAAGAAGCGGUCUAAAGAAAACAGAAAUGAAAGAAUGUAAUGUGACGUUUGUUGUGGUUUAAUGUGUGAAAGCUCUAAAAACUAAUAUGUGAUUAAACCGUUGACUUAUUACUUUACGUCAGUGAAA